AUUCAGCAAAAUUUUGCCACUCAAGCCUUGUCGUCGCACGAUACACUAGCCAUGCAGCUCCUCAGCCUCAUUCCCAUCUCGCUACUAGCAUCGACGCUCACUGCAGCACCUCUGACCAUUGAACUCGAGGCCUCGGGAAACUCGACCAUCGAGACCGCCGACCACAAAGUGUACAAGCUUAAGAGCAACCACGAAGUCACGAAAAUCAAAGUGUCGGAUGACAAACCGAGCCUCAAUGUCACCAGCAGUAACGUCACCUCCAGCGAACUUAAACUGGAAUACAAACAUCGUAUCCAACAAGGCCUCAAAGUUCCGGCAAACAAAACGGUAUCGCUCGGGUUAGAUAGUUACUUCAGGGCAGAGGAAGACGAGAUUAAAAAGAAGAAGGAAGAGGAAGAGAGGAAGAAAGCAGAAGAAGAAAAGAAGAAGAAGGAAGAGGAAGAGAAGAAGCAGAAGGAAGAAGACAAGAAGAACGGGGUCUACGAUCGCAAGGGAAACGUCAGGGUGACUUUCAAGAAGGAAACCAUGAGCAUCGCCAACAUCGAGCUCGAUGAGAUCUUCAAGAGGCUUCGCGAGGCUUGCCACACAACCGGCCAAUGCGAGACCAACGACAUUGUUAUCAAGGGUCAAGAUAUCGGCAAAGGGCGUGGAUCCGAUGUUAAAAACGUUGAGUUGACGUUGGAGCCGCAAGGAUCUUACCGAGAGUCACACCGCGACAACUUGCUUACAUUGCUGGAGGCUGCCGUUAGAGAGGUAGCUGUGUGUGAAGAGUAUACACACACGUCCACAUGCUCGUUUACCAUGGGAUACUGUCCGUCGAGGACCACGCACGUCAAGCAAUGCAAAGUCCCCGCAUACUGGGGCGUCAACAUCCAGAAAGCAGAGGACAAAGACGAAGGGUCCGCGCCGCCUUCCAUAGGAACCAACCUUGAUCUCCAGGUCGUUGGCGAUACGAUCUGCCAGGAUACAUACAAAGAUCUGGCAAAGAUGGGCAAGGCGGUUCACAGCGCAGUUGGUGGCGUCUUCAGCCUGUGGCAAUUUGCGUGUAUUUGA